CCCAAAACUUGAAUUUAUAGCAAACCAAAGAAUACAAAUCAGCACAAACCUCAGCUAACCCAGAAACCCCAAUUCCGAAACCCUAAAAUCCUCCACCCCCAAAUACCUCAGAUCUCAGCCAUGGCGUAUGUAGAUCACGCAUUCUCCAUCACCGACGAAGACAUAAUGAUGGAGACCUCCUACACCGUCAACAACAAGCCUCCGAUCAAAGAGAUCGCUCUCGCCGUCGCCCUUCUCAUCACCGGCACCCUCGGCAUUGUCAUCGGCUCCCUCAUGGCCUAUAACCGCGUCGGCGGCGACAAAGCUCACGGAAUGUUCUUUGCGAUUCUUGGUGGGAUCUUGUUCAUUCCGGGCUCCUAUUACACAAGAAUUGCUUACUAUGCUUACAAAGGUUACAAAGGCUUCUCUUUCUCCAACAUACCACCUGUGUAGCAGCUGCUUCAACUUCACAUGUACAGAUCUCUCCUUCAUUUUUUAGUUCUUUCUUUUUCUGUUUCAUAUUAAUAUUAGUGUUAAUGUUGUAAUGGGAUAUUGCGUUGGUUGUUUCGUUCCGAAUAGAGGCAAGUGUGGUUUGGUUUGUUGUUGAUUUGUACUGAUCAUGGACCAGAAACUGAAUUUUUACUUAUAUAAUUACAUCAUAGAUGUAGGCAGAAUACGCAACAUACAUUAUGAGUAAAUAAAAAGAGUAAUCUUAUUUUUCGUCUCCUGUAA